GCAGCGGCUGGGGCGGCGCGGCCCGCGUGACCCUCCGCCGCGCCCGGUGCGCUCGGGAGCCCGCGCCCGGUUGCGCUGGGCCAGCCACAGGAUGCGCGCUCCGCCGCUGCUGCUGCUGCUGGCCGCCUGCGCGCCGCCCUCAGGUGCCUCUGUGGUCCCGACGCCGCCGGGCUGGGAACCGGCCUCCGACGCGCCCUGGUGCCCCUACAAGGUGCUGUCCGAGGGCCCCGAGGGCAGUGGGCGCCUAUGCUUUCGCAGCCCCGCUCGGGGUUUCCGCUGCCAGGCGCCGGGCUGCGUGACGCUGGUCUCGGCGGGUGGUUCGCUGCGCGCCCACGUCCUGCGCAACCGCAGCGUGCUGCUGCAGUGGCGCCUGGCUCCGGCUGAGGCGCGCCGCGUGCGAGUCUUCGCGCUGAAUUGCUCGUGGCGUGGCACCUACACACGCUUCCCGUGCGAUCGCGUGCUGUUGGGCGCCUCCUGCCGCGACUACCUGCUGCCGGAUGUGCACGAUAGCGUGCGUUACCGCUUGUGCCUGCAGCCACUGCCGCUGCGCGCCGAGCUCGCCGCCGCCCAGCCAGAGCUCGCUGAGUGCGUGGAGUUCACCGCCGAACCGGCAGCUAUGCAGGAGAUCGUGGUGGCCAUGACUGCUGUGGGCGGCUCCAUCUGUGUCAUGCUGGUGGUCAUCUGCCUGCUGGUGGCCUACAUCACCGAGAACCUCAUGCACCCGACUUUCCGGCGACCCAGUCUGCGCAGGCAAUCCUGAAGCGCAAGGCGACCUGCCCACCUGGGUUCCACCUGCCCAAAUGUGCUGAGACCGUAGGCCCUUUCCCUGCUUCCCUCUCGUUCCUUCUCCCUCUUUACGAUGCCCAUGGAGGGUCUAAUGGAGACUAGCCCAUGCAGGGACCUUGUCAUCAUCCCACGACCUUGCCAGGCCCAGCUGGGUGUCUGCCUUCCAGACUCAGGCCUCAGACUGGCCAUAGGCGCCAGGCUAGCGUGUCAGCCACAUCCAGGGGUCUUCUCCAUUUCUAGAGGCCUUUUAGGGCCGGCCAGAAUAUACAGUCCCUCUGUCAAGAGCCACUGGCACCCAGGAUCAUCAACCUGAACUUUCAUCCUGUGCCAGGUUGUCAGAGCUUGGCCAUGAUCAUUGCUUGGUCACUUUGUGCUUUGCAGAUGGGGAGGAGUGACCUCUGGAUCCUGUACCCACCCCCACCUUACCCAGUGGGCUUAGGUUAGCUUUGUGCCUUAGUUUCUCUGGCCCACUGCAGGAGCCACUCAUCAUCCCUCAGCUGUCCAUGGGGAUUUGUGGCCCUGUGACUGGCUGGCUUAUGCAUGCUUCUGGCCAGAGUCCCAUUGAGGACACACUAUCCUCAAGAUUUUCAGGAGCUUGGGGCAGGUGUUCACAGGCCCUGUUGUGUCUUCCUAUGUGGGUGUCCAAGAAGCCAAGAGCCAUGAUGUAGCUCAGCAGGCUGGGCCCAACGUCCAGCUGCUGCAUCCAGGGGUGAGUGUCCUCCACCUUAGGAGGCUGGGGAUUCACCCUUUCCUUUCGCUGUACUGCCUUGAUUAGGACUUUCCCAGUGUGUGUGUGUGUGUGUGUGUGUGUGUGUGUGUGUGUGUGUGUGUGUGUGUGUGUGUGUGUGUCUGUAGGGGUUGGGGAGUGGGAGGACAGCUGAAGGGAUCAUGAGGGCUGAAGGAAAGCUGCCAGCCCUGUCCAGCCAGAUCCCAAGCUUCAACCAACUUGAGACCACAGUGGUCACAGAGCUACUUCACUACCCCCUGUCCUUCUUACACUAGAGGAUGGAGAGCCUGAGAUCUGACCCCAGGGAUGUUGCCCCUCCAUCUGCAUGGGCAGAGGUUGGCUUUGCCUACCUCCUGGCAGACACAGGCACCUGGCUGAGGUCACCCAGACAUCUGGUGAUAUUGGGCACAGGGAAGAAUAAGGCAUUGCCCAUCUCUGAGCCUGGGCUCUGACCACUGGACUUGACCCUGGCUCUUUUCCUUUCCACCCUCACCCCAGCAACCAAGAUGACCUGAGCCCUGGCUGGCAGCACUUAUGCCCAACCUCUCUGUCUUUGCUCUGCCCGCUCCCUCUGAGGCACUGGUCAGUUGCCAACAUCUAAAUGUCCAUCACUCAGACCAAAAACACUGUCUUGUGUGUUUAUUUGGGAUGUUGGAGGGAAGGUUAUGGGUGAGGGAAGGGAAGGUGGAUUUAAUUUCUCCAAGGGCCUCAAGCAUUAGUCCAGUGGCUGGCCUUGAACCGUUUCCCAAUGGGGAUGGGAUGGGGAUCAGCUCCAGGCAGUGUUCACUGGCAUGCUGACUUUACAGUUCUGGCAGAAGAAGAGGCAGGGUGUCCAGUAGCUUGCUUGUCCACCCUUAGUCAGGCCAGCUGUGUUGGGCAGGGGUGGGGAGGUGGUACUGGCAGUGGCUAGAAACAGCUUCAGCAUACAAUGAUGACCCAUUUGAACUGUGACAAGCAACAGUUAGGCAGCUUUAGGAGGGGGUACCCUCUCCAGCAUGGGGCGUCCCUCUGCAGUGUUAGAGUUGGGAAUAGAAUUUGGCAGAAAAUGAACCUGUGUGAGCCCCUCACUCUCCCCACCUGGAAUGUCCUUGGGACUCUUUUGCUACUGUGACCCUGAAGAAAGCAAAAGCACAAGGCAGGGAUGAGCUAGCUCUGAUGAAUGACUCGUCUAGAGUGGGUGGGAGAAAGGUUGGGGGUGUAGUGAUGUGCCUAGACUCCUCUGAGGGGUGGAGGACAUAGCAGGUUGUCUAGACAGCCAGGGCAGAAAUGGGAGGGCUUUGUAGUCCAGCUGCCUCCCACUGCUGUUCUUGCGGGACCUAGGCUGUAUGUGAUGUGUAUUCUGGUGUUUUCAGCCAACAUGGGCAGGAGUUGGCACUCCGGAAGUGCCCUAUCUGAGGUACCUUAGUGUCCAACUUCUAGCUCCCUAGGGACAGUCUGAUUCCAGAGCUAGGACCAUGUGUCCUCUUCUGAUGCUAAAGUUAUGUGAGACCUCCUCAGGCCCUCAACAGGAUUCAGCUGUAGCUCAGUUGUUAGAAUGCUUUCCUAGUAUUUAAAAGGUGCUGGGUUCAAUCUCCAGCACCGUAUAAAUUCGGAGUUGUGGGAGCUAUCUGUAACCUCAGCACUCAGGACAUGGAGAAUGGAGGAUAAGUCACAUGGGCAACGGCAGCACACGCCUUUGAUCCCAGAACUCAGGAGGCAGAGGCAUGCGGAUCUCUGAGUUUGUGACCAGUCUGGUCUCCAAAAUGAGUUCCAGGACAGCCAGGGCUGUUACACAGAGAAACCCAGUCUGGGGCGGGGGGAGUUCAAAGUAAUUCUCAGCUAUAUGUUGAGUUAAAGGCCAAGAAACACACACACACACACACACACACACACACACACACACACACACACACACACCAUCACCACCACCACCAACAACAACAACAAAAAACUCCAACUUACCAGCCAUAUGGAAAGAAAUGAAUUCCAUUUAAUUAGUAGGUUCCCCACAACUAUGCCCCAGACAGAGCUGUCUCAUCCCAACCCUGUUCCAAUGUGUGGCACUUCUUGAAAUGUCCAGUAUGAUCCUCCAGCGACAUUUUACACUUCUACCCAAAACAAAACCCUCUGCUCUGCCUACCUUCAAAAACCUAGUCACAGCAUAUGACUACCUUAGCCUACCAGAAUGAUCCAUAACCAUUUUCUUUGAAUGAACUGAACCUCCAUAAAGGGAGUACCAGUGUUUCAGGGGGGUGACCGCCUUCCUCUAGAACGUCCAUGUGCUGAGUUACACGGGAGUUACCAAAAGAGUUCACUGUUACCAGGGCUUAGGACAUGUGAACCCUAUUAGUCACUGUGGGUCUUGAGCACUGAAAUGUGGUUAGUGUGACUGAGGAAAAUUCUGCUUUUAAGAUAGGGUUUCAGUGUGUAGCCCUGACUGCCCUGAAGCUUGCUAUGUAGACUAGGCUGGCCUUGAACUCCCAGACAUUUGCUGCCUGUGCCUCCCUUCUGACUGCUGAGAUUAAAGGUAUGAGACUCAGCCUCCUGAGAGCUGGUAUGACAGGUAUGUCCCACCACUCCUGCCUUCCUUUUCAGUCUUCCUCCUCUUCCCUCUUUCUCUCCUUCCCUCCCUGACCCUCCCUUUUUAUUUUUUGAGACAGUCUCUUGUAGAAUGAGCUUGAACUUUGAUCCUCCCUCCUUGACCUCUCAGGUGGUGAAGUGAUUGCCACAGACUCUCUACAGUGUUGGGUAUCAGAUCUGAUGUUUUGUGUGUGCUAGGCAAGCAUUCCACCAACUGAGCUUCAUCCCAUCCGUAUUGUGAAGUUUCUAGUUAUACCUUCAGCUUCUCUGAUCUCUUCUACAAUGUACAUUUACCAUUAAUCCCAGCCAACGCCAGGCGGUGGUGGCACAAGCCUUUAAUUCCUGCACUUGAGAGGCAGGGGCAGGGGAUUUCUGUGAGUUUGAGGCUAGCUUGGUCUACAAAGCAAGUUCUAGGACAGAGAAACCCAGUCUCAAAACAAAACAAGCUGGACGGUGGCGCACACCUUCAAUCUCGGUACUCCGGAGGCAGAGCCAGGCAGAUCUCCAUGAGUUUGAGGCCAGCCUGGUCUACAGAGUGAGAGCCAGGAAAUGCACCAAAACUAUACAGAGAAACUCUGUGUCCAAAAACAAAAAAACGACAACAAAAAAACUGAAAACAAAACAAAACAACAACAAAAAGCAUGUCCAGCAUCUUUUUUUCUAUUCGACACCAUAAUGUGUACCAUAAAAAAUACAAAUUGAUAAAUUUUAAAAAUUUUAAGCUAGGUAUGGUGGUUCAAACCCAUAAUUCCAGCAGCUAGAAGAUGGAGGCAGAAGGAUUAGAAAUCCAAGCCCAAACUUUGAGGCUUGAGACUAUCUCAAAAAUCAAAACACAAGUUGGUGUGAUGUCUCACUAGGCAAAGGACCUGUCAAGCCUGAUGACCUGGAUUUGAUUCCAAGGACUCACACAGUGUGGGGAGUGCACCAACUUCUGGAGGUUGUUGUCAGACCUCUAUAUUACAUGGUCCAUGUGCACACACACAAAAUAAAGGAAUGUAAAAAAAACAUUAUUUUAAAUUUCUGCCUAUUGCCAAACAUGGUGGUAUAUACACAUAAUUUCAUUACUUAGCUGGCUGAAGCAAGAAGAUUGCUUUGACCAGCUGGGAUUGUAGAGUAAGACAGAGUCUUACUAAGUAAUGCUAAGGAUUGAACUCAGGUCCUUGUACAUGUUGGUCAAGUACUCCUACCACUGAAGCUAUGCCCCCAUCCCUCAGCAGUUUUCCUUCCUUCUCUUUUUUUUAUUUUUUUGAGACAAGGUCUCACUGUGAAGUCAUAGCUGUGCUGGAACUUGCUAUAUAGACUAGACUUAUCUAGAACUGGCAGAGAUUUCCCCUGCUUCCGCCUCCAGAAUGCUGGGACAUUGUGUGCCACAAUGCCUGGUCCCUUGAUGUUUUCUCAACUCAAAUGUGAAGAAUUUGCACUCGAGCGCCCCCCCCCCCCACACACACACACUGGCUGGGCAUGAUGGCACAUGCCUGUAAUUCUAGAGGCAUGAGGCUGAGGCAGGAGAAUUACAAAUUUGAAGCUAGCUUGGGCUGCACAGUGAGACCCUGCCAUAAAAAUUCAAAAGUCAAGAAGGAAAAAGAAAAACCCCUUCUCUAUUCCACCUGUAGGUACUAACUCAGGGAAAAAUGAAAGUAUUUUUACAAAUUGUUCACACACAUAUGAGGUAUCUGUAAUAGUCUGGAACUAGAAACAGCCCAAAUACCCAUACGUAGGUGACUGAACAAAAACAUGGUAUGUCCAAACAAUGGAAAGCAACAUGGCAAUAAGGAAGCUGGGCAUGGUGGCACAUGCCUUUAAUCUCAACACUUGGGAAGCAGAGGCAGUUGGAUCACUUGAGUUUGAGGUCUACAGAGCAAGUUCCAAGACGUCCAGGGCUACACAGAGAAACCCUG